AUGUCUGGUGAUGAUGUUCAACUGACUGAGGAAGAAAAGAAUGAUCAUGGUGUUCAAAAGGAUGAUGAAGUUACUGAUGUUGCUCAGGAUGUCACUGACAAUAUUGAGGAUGGACCUAAUGUUAAUGCAGGUAAAAAUGUUGUUGAUCUUGAUGAAUUCUCUGAUAAUGAACUGGUUGCAAAUGUAAACCAUAGCAUAGCAAAACGACUCAUGACAAGGAAGGGUAAGAAAGUUGUUGAUCAGAGUCCUCCCAAGAAGAAAGGUCCAAAGAGUACCUCAACUGGACCCAUCAGAAGUAAAUCUGUGUCCAAGAGUACCUCCAUUGGUCCUAUUAAGAGUAAGGUUGUGCCUAAGAGCACCUCUGUUGGUCCUACCAAAUCUUGGAGCAAGGUUGUCCCCGAGAAAAGGAAGGCUCAAGUUAUUGCAGAUUCAGAUUCUUAUGUUGCUAUGGAUGUUCAAGACACCCCAUUGAAGAAGAAGCUAACAACUAGCAAGCUUGCUACUAGAGUCCCUGAGAAGAGGUUGGCUUUCGAAAGGGAAUUGGCUCAAAAUGCCCUUGAAUGUAAGGAGAUUAUGGAACUGAUUCAUGAAGCAGAUUUGAUGAAAACUAUUACUCAUUUCUCUAAGUGUUAUGAGAUGUUGGUAAAGGAGUUUAUAGUGAAUCUAUCAGAGGACUGUGCUGAUAGAAAAACCAAAGAUUUUAGAAAAGUGUAUGUGAGAGGAAAAUGUGUUAUAUUCUCUUCAAUUGUCAUCAAUAAUUUUCUUGGAAGGUAUGAUGAAGCUCAACCUGAGCUGGAAGUUUCUGACAACAAAGUGUGUCAGGUGAUCACUGCUAAGCAAGUGAAGAGUUGGCCUCUCAAGGGAAAGUUAACUGCUAGCAAGCUUAGCAUCAAGUAUGCCAUGCUUCACAAGAUUGCAGCUGCCAACUGGGUGCCUACUAAUCAUAAGUCAACUGUCUCUACUGUCCUUGGAAAAUUCCUGUAUGCUGUGGUAACAAAGGCUAGGUUUGAUUAUUGA